GUUCGUUCAAGUGCAAAGCAGCUGUUGAAAUCGAGACAAAAAAGUUAUUUUCGGAAUCGAAAAUUUCGCUCGAUAAAUCAAAUAAUUUGCAGCUGCAAAUUCAAAUUCACGUUUUAAGCUUAAAUUCCCCAAAAGAAACGAAUCUAACAACUUAUCAAACCAAGUCGUGUUAAGCUGUCCGUGGACCUUAAAUCAUGUCGCACUCAAUCGUUGCCAAGUCGCACGUGGAGACCGAGGAGCACGAAUUUCUCUGGACCAUCGACAACUUCGACUUUCUCUCUGCCAAUCCGGAACUUCUGGACGCACACGUUCUUCCCGUCACCAUCGUCUCCAGCAAGGACAAGAUCUCGACAUGGAAAGUGUUCUUGUCGCAGGAGGAGGAAAAGACGUCACUAUUCUUCCAAUUAGUAGGAUACACUGGGCUGGACGGGAAGAUUUCCAUCGCCAUGAAGGUCCGCGUGCAGAAUGGACCGUUUGCAAAGUUUGAAUGGGUAAUGUCCCCCCGUAACUUCACAUUGGGCAAAGAAGAUAAGGUCAAGUGUAACAUGGGAAAAUAUAUUGGAGACUCGCCCAUUAAGUUGGAUCAAUGCAUCGCUGAAAAUUUGUCCUUAGAAGAAAUUUGUCACCAACGUGGCGACAACAUGUUGAAGUUGGUCAUCACCAUGAAGAUCUUUGGCCAACAGAGCUUAACAGUUACGAAGAACGAUCCGCCCCCUCGCGCCCUGGAAAUGGAACAAGCACAAAGUAUGCUGAACCAUAAGGAGGUCAUGUUGGCCAUGCUGGAAACCGGGGUGGGAAGCGACGUGACCUUUGAAACGAGGGACGGCCAACGGAUCGAGGCGCACACGUGCAUCCUGACCAUGCAAAGUGCCGUCUUCGCCGCUAUGUUUGCCGCUACUUGUGAGAUGAAGGAGAAGACGGACGGAGUCGUCAAGCUGGUCGACAUGGGGGGCGAGGGGCUCAAAAUCUUGUUAAAGUUUCUUUACUCUGGUAUUUUGGACAAGACGUGGGGCAAGUUUUAUGAAGAGAUUGUGAAUGCAGCGAAUAAGUAUCAAAUCACACGAUUGAUCGCGAUAUGCGACAAGCUGCUUCCAACCGUUGUCUCCUGGGAAAAUUGCGUCGAGCUGUUGAAAUUUAGCGAAUUACAUGGGAUGACUAAGGCGAUGGAGAAAAUCAAGAAGUUUAUGAAGGGAGAUCCAGAAAAAUUGCUGCAAUUGUGGCACGUUGCUGCGUUUGGGAGUCGUCUUGAAGCCGGACCGUCGAGUUAUUCAGUUCCUGAGAACGAUACUUAUCACCAGCGAGACCGUCGACGCGAUGACAUUCUACGUUGCGAACUUGAUAAAGAUGAUGAUGAUUUCCCGGAGUGUUAAUUAUGUAUUUGGUAACCAUGUUUCGUCUGACUUCGUUUAACGGACACAUAUGUAAAUUAACUAUAAUUUUAUUAUCUUUGUUGACGAUUCUUGGGAAUUGAAUUUCUAUGAAAUGCUUGUCAUGUGACUCUUGAAAAUAAUGAGACCUUUUUGAAAGGUAAAUUUGCCCUGAAUUCUAUAUUAAGUAAACUGCUCUAAAUAUCGCGUGUUUUCCACCAUAAAUAAAUGCAUACUUAAAAACAGUA